AUGGUGGAGAUUGUUAUUUCCAUUGCAGCAAAAGUUGCUGAAUACUUGGUUGCUCCAGUUGGACAUCAGCUAGGUUAUCUCUUUCAUUACAAUUGCAACAUGGCGGAACUCCGGGAUCAAGUUGAGAAGCUGGGUGAAGCAAGGGAGAGCCUGCAGUUACGUGUGGGCGAGGCUAAUAGGCAUGGGAGUGAAAUCUUACUAGAUGUUCGCAUCUGGCUGACACAAGCUGAUGACAUCUCCCAGGAUGCUCAGGAAUUCAUUGAAGAUAAAAAGAAAGCAAAGAAGAGCUGUUUCAAGGGGUUGUGUCCUAAUUUGAUCUCACGAUACCAGCUCAGCAGUCAAGCAAAGAAAAUGGCCCUGGAUGUCAAGAAAAGCCAAGAAGGAGGCGAUUUUCAAACAAUAUUUUAUUGGCUCCCCCCGCCAGGGGCUGGAUCUGCAGCUCUCGAAGGUCACGAAGCUUUCGAAUCAAGAAACCUGACAUUGGAAAAAAUCAUGGAGCGGUUACGAUGUGAUGAUGUCAAUAUGAUUGGGAUAUGGGGCAUGGGCGGUGUGGGCAAAACCACGCUGGUCAAACAAGUGACUAUACAAGCUAAGUAA